CUUGAUUUUUAAGCAGCUCCAACACUAGCUGCCAUUGUCAUUUACAUUUUCAUAAAUUUUUUUAAGGCUGCAAAUAACGCGAAUAAUAAUAUUAUAAAAUGGAGGUCGAUGAGGAAGAAUUCGAGGUACCAUCAAGCAGCAGCAAAGGAGAAAAGAAGCGGUUCGAGGUUAAAAAGUGGAAUGCUGUGGCGCUCUGGGCUUGGGAUAUUGUGGUGGACAAUUGCGCUAUUUGCCGCAACCAUAUAAUGGACUUGUGUAUUGAGUGCCAGGCCAAUCAGGCAUCGGCCACAAGCGAGGAGUGCACCGUGGCUUGGGGCGUUUGUAAUCAUGCUUUCCACUUCCAUUGCAUUUCCCGUUGGCUGAAGACCCGUCAGGUCUGCCCGCUGGACAACCGCGAAUGGGAUUUCCAAAAGUAUGGACACUAGUAACUGGACGUCCAAAUCUGCUCAUCAUAUUCAACACUUACUGUCGGGUCAUGACCAGACAGCUCAUUCUCUCUUUCACUCCCAAAACACACAAACACACUCACACACACACACACAGACACACAUGAAUACAUACAAUAUGUCAUAGGGUAAAAUACACGACUUGUUCUUAAGUUAAGGAAACACCUCAAAAAUAAAGGCGCGUGUUAUGCACCAAUCUAUGAUUUA